AUGCCUCGCAAGAAGGUCGUCGACGGCGGAGCGCCCGGUUCUUCAUCAGCGGCAGCGACAUCAUCACGUCGUCAUGGCUCCUCUGCUGCUCCUGAACGCUCUCCAUCGCCUGCCUCCUCACUAGCCGGAAGCAGGAUAUCCAAUCCACCCUCUUCACCGCAUAAACCACCACCGGGUAUGCGCUCAAAGCAACCCAACGCUGCCAGCAUCGUCAUACAGCAAGCACAACGUGCUCCUUCACCUUCACUCUCCGACAUCUCUACAUCCGGCUCCGAGGGCGAAGAUGGUGCGCAAACCCUCAACGAUGCACGACUCCGCUCCGCCUCCCCAGAAGGCGACGAGCUCGCCGACGAGUCCGUUCGAGAACCUGCCUCAGCCAGCAACGACGCCGAAGUAACUUGCCAAUGGAACGACUGCGGCGAAACCUUCACUAGUCUACAACCCUUCAUCGACCACCUGCACCACGAACAUAUCGGCAUCCACAAGAGCAAGUACAUGUGCGAAUGGACGGGAUGCAUUCGCAAAGGCAAACCUCAGACAUCGCGCUUUGCGCUGCUCAGCCAUCUUCGAAGUCAUACGGGAGAAAAGCCGUUCACGUGUCCCAGACCUGAAUGCGACAAGAGCUUCACCAGGUCGGAUGCGUUGAGCAAGCACAUGCGCGUGCAGCACAACAUCAUCACUGCGGGGUCAAGGAAGGCGGCGGCCUCUUCAGCGGCGCAGGAGGACGGCGUCGAGGAUGUGUCUGUGCUGGCAGACGAGUCUGUGGCGCCUGCCAAGGCAGGGGCUGGCGCAACGGGUGAUACGCUCGGUGAUGAGCUGCUCGAAUUGGCUGGAGAUGAAGGCGCCGAGUUCGGAUUGGCAAAGGGUGCCGGAGCGGACGCGAAUUUGUACACCAUGUCGGCGGAGGAGCUUGGCAUUCAAGACCGCCUCCCCGCAGACAGCGAUUCCGAGGAAACCAAACGCAGCGAAGCCAUCCUCGGUCGCGCACUGCGCACGUGGUCCAAGGACAUGCGGGACCGUGAGCGCGAUCGCAAGCUGCGCGAGCCCGCCUCACGACCACGCAACGGCGCUGUUGAAUCGGAAGACGCCGUCAACGGCAUCGCCUCGACCAGUGCAGGUGCCAAGCGGGCGCGUGCCAACGACUACGACAGCGACUCGGGCGACUCACUCCCAGACGUCUCCGAUCUUCGACGCACGCGUCUAAGCACGCGCGCCUCGUCCGCCGCCAACGGCGGCAGCAACCGCCGUCGCUCGUCGCGCUUCGACGCUGCCGAUGAUGCCGAAGACGACUCGAUGGAGGCUGCGCAAUCCGCCAUCCGCCUCGCCCGCAAUCGGUACCUCGUCGAGAAGGCGAAACUCAACUAUGCCCGUUCGAUUAACGCACGCCUGUGGGGACACCUCGAGACGCUCCAAGCCGAGCAUGCGGUGGUCAAGCGUGAGUGCACGGCGGCCUUGGAGCAUGCACUGGUGGAGGAGCUGGGUCAGGACGUGGAUGCCAUUUUUACGCCACCGGCGUCGCCCAAGGCGCUGAGAGCUGAGGUGGAGGAGGAAGAGAUUGCUGCGAGAGGGACGUUCAUUGAUGAUCAGGCGGCGGUGGGAGGCGGAGGACGUGCUGUUCUUGCUGCGUGA